UUCUGGUUGCCAGGGGAACAACGUUCCCGGAAGCAGCGAGGUUUGGAUCGCUUUCGUCUUCCACCUGUGGAGAAGUUGCAGUAGUGGGAAAGACCUCUCCCCGUUGCGGGUGAAAGGGUGACGCUCCAGAGUGUCAGCGCCGGACUUUUGUGCCUUCAGUGCUCUGGCGACUGGUCCCCGUCCUGACGAAAGGAUGUCAAUGGAUAUUAUAAAGGGAAACCUAGAUGGAAUUUCAAAACCAGCCUCAAGUUCAAGAACACGUCCUGGGAGCAGGAGUUCAAGUGCUUCUUUAGAAGUGCUUUCACCAGAACCAGGGCCCUGCAAGGUUGAAACUGCAAGCAAGUUGAAUUCUGGAAAAGAGGAUCACUCAGAAAACAGUAAUACAGAGGAAAGAAGAGAUAGUAAAGAUGAUAAAGGCAUAAACUAUUCUGAGAAAAUAAAACUGGCCAAAGAGGAGUCAGAUGAAGAUCUGGACUUGGUUCAACCUCAGAUAACCCCUGAGCAUUCAGAUGAACCUAAAUUAAAAGAAUUAGAUUCUCAACUUCAAGAUGCUAUUCAUAAGAUGAACAGACUUGAUAAAAUAUUGGCAAAGAAACAGUACAGAGAAAAAGAAGUUAAGAAGCAAGGUCUAGAAAAGCGAAUAAAGCUCUGGGAAGAACUUAAGUCUGCAAAAAAUAGUGAAGCUUUGCAAAGUAAUGAAGAGAUGGAAAAUACAAAAAAAUUUUUAACUUUGACUGCUGCAUCUGAACAAACUGUUGGUCCUUCUCAUUCUGAAGAUGAGGACACCUUUUUCUCAGUGUUUCAUACUCAAGUCCCUCCAGAACAUUAUGAAAAUGGUAUGCAGAAUGUCAGUCUAGAUUUUACCUAUGAUGUGGAAAGAAAUGAGUCAUUGCUCAAAGCAGAAAAGAAACCUUUCUCAAAAACAGAGAAGAUUGAGCUCAGGGGUAAACACAACCAGGAUUUUAUUAAGCGAAACAUUGAGUUAGCCAGGAGAUCCAGAAGCCCAGUGCCUAUGAGUGACACAGAAAAGAAAAGGCUGGAGGAAAUUUUGAAGGAUAUAGAUGACAGAGAUCUGGGGGUGUCCAGUUCUGAGGGUGAUCACUGUGGUUGGCUGGUCCCAGGAGAAGGAUAUCUGUUUGGAGCCAGCGAGCAUGAGCAGCUUGCUGAAAUUGACACAAAACUCCAAGAACUCUCUGCAGUCUCUCCAGCAGUUCCCAGCUUUUCUCCAAGACUUGAAAAUGAGAAUGAUCAGGAACCUGACCUUGAUGAUGAAAGAAAUGUGGAAGUAACUCCUGGAGAACAGGUACUUCGAAACACUAAAGAGCAGCGGGAUCAGAAAAAUCGGCUGAGAGAGAUAGAUGAAAAGCUGAGAAUGAUCAAGGAAAAUGUGCUAGAUUCCACAUCACUUCUGUCCGAUGAACAGUUAAAGUGUCUUCUGGAUAGGUGCACAUUCAGACAGAAGUCCAUCAGUGGAUGGAUUUCCAAAAGAGAAAAUGAAGACACUGAGGAUAAGACACCCAAGUUCCCCCAACUUUCCAGAUCUAUGCUGUCAGAGUUACUAAAUGGAUCAGAAGCAAAAGUCCAGGAAAAAGGGGUGGAAGAUGUAAAUGUGCAAGAGAAUGCAGAAUGUGAAGCUUCCAUGGGUUAUUAUCUCACUAAAGCCCUGGCUGGGCGCUAUUUGUCAGAAGCUCUUGCCAUCGAAGCAGAGAAAAUGAAGUGCCUCCAGUUUUCCAAGGAUGAGGUUAUUAGUAACACAGAAGACUGUUUUAUGUCAAAGACUAUUGGCAUCGGGAGACUACAAAGGCCUCCUUUCUUGGAUGAUCCACUUUAUGGUAUCAGUUGGAGCCUUUCAUUAGAAGACCAGCGCCUGAAACUCAGUCCUUCCAAGGAACCAACACCAGAUAAACAGGAGAUGAAAGAGGUGAUGGAAGAAUGUAAAGAAUCUUAAGCAAGGACUUACUAGGGUGUGCUCUUAAGAAAGUUGGUAAUUAAGUAAAAUUACUUAUUUUCUCUGAAUUCUUUCAAUUCAAUGAAUACUGUAGAGGCUAUUCUCCAAAUAAUGAGUUUGACAUUUGAAUUCUCUUGUAGAUUACAUUUCCUUGAUAUUUUUGAGACCUGGGGUGUAAUUGUUCAAUGGUUUUUCUUUAUUGAAGUUUCUGGGAAAUUUAUAAAUGUAUCACUAAUCUUAGAGAAUCAGGGAUACAUUGUGAAAAUUAACAUUUUAAUAUAUAUGCAUUAUGUUAAGCAUAGUGGAAAUGGACUGAUUGUCCUGUAUUUGAUUUUAUAUGUUUCAACUUUAUUGUGAUUCAGAUUAUGGUCGCUAUGGAUUUUUGUUCUGGCCUGUUUUUCCUUCUUUCUGUCUGUUCAGUGUCUGUUGGUACAACUUAACCAUGGGGAGAAAUGAACUUCCUCAACAAGGUGGCAUUAGGGAAGCCUGUAUUCCCUUGUUAGUGAUAAUUCUUAUUCAAGUAGAAAUGUGAUGAAUUAUUUGAUACAUUACUCUGUUUGUUUUGUUCUUUCAGUUAGGGCCUUUUAGAACACAGCAAACAAAGAUGAACUACUUUUUAAGAAAAAUCUGUAAUAUUAAAGAGAGGUUUGUUUAAUUAUAUGUCAGUAACGUGAAUUCAUAAGAACAUUUUAUAUCAACACUUCUUAAGAUGAAUUGACCUUUUUAACCAAAAGUCAAAAGUAUUUCCACUUUGAAAAAUGAGCUGGCUAUUGUACUGCCUUUAAUAAAAUUUGGGGCAAUAUAUAUGUGUAUUGUUAAUAUUUGCUGACACAUGCUCAUCUACUGAUACUGGAUAAUAAUGUUUCCUUACUUCAUUGUACUCCCUGGCCUGUUAGAAUGAAGAAUUCUAUAGCUACUAUUUUCGGAGGUAUCAGUAGGCAGUGUCUUUUGCUGGCCUUCAUAUUUCAGUUUACUCUUUGUUCAUUUAAAAUACCAGUGGUUUGUACUGAUGCCAGUGUGCUGCAGUGUAACUUAUCUUGGCAUCAAAAGUUUUGCUGUGGGAUUUCUGCAGAAGCUAAAAGUUGUGAUUUUAGGAAUAACAUGUGGCACUGCUAGGUGUGGAAGGGUUUGGGUCGAGGUGACAUGGACAGGAAUUUGGAGUAAGAGAAAAACCAUUGUUGCCCAUCAGCUUUUCAGAUGAGCUCAGUUUUCUAAACCCAUAUGUUCCUUGUAUUUGAUGUAGGAGGAGUGGGGGAAGGAAGAGAAACAAAAUAUUUCUCCACGGACACUGCAAAGGGCUUGCCACUUUAUCGUGUGCUUCUGCAAAUGGUAUUUGGGGCACAGCGAGCCUUUCUGUCAUAGUAUUUUUGGUAAGGGGAAGGCAGCCUUAGUGCUGUUGAGUAAUGAAUUUUGUCAAUAAAAUAAGUUGUACCAUUGCAUAGCAUGUUAACUGAAACUAACUGGUAAACUGAAUUUGUGAUAAAAUUCAAAAUGAAGUCUCCAGAUUUACAAACAAAGCCCCAAACACCCUCAUUUAGAUAGAAGGGUUUCUUAUUAAAAAUAACUUUUUAUAUUGAGGUUCCUCCUUGGCCCAUGUAUUUGCCCCAGAACAAGAAUGAAAAGUACUAUAUAGAAGAGAAAGAAAGAACUAAGUUCUGGGAGUGAAUUUGGGAGCUUACACUGCAGUUUUUCUAUAUACGACUCUUCAAAAAAAACUACUGGCACCAGCUCAGUUGUAAAUUCCGAGGUACCUAAAGUUUAUCACUCUUCCAUCUAACUCUACUUGUAGGUCAGUUUCAGAGUAGAAAUGGAACAUGCCUGGGGAGGAAAGCUCCUCUCCUCAGCCACUUUUUCUGUCUCAUCUUGAUAUUCACAAACCUGUUUUGAUGUACUACUUAAUUAGAAUUCUGUUCUGAGAAAGGAUGAUGUCAUGUUUCAGAUAAUUAUUCUUUCAGAUAAAUUUCCAUAAUUGCACAACUAUUUCUAGCUCAUUCUUCCUCAGCUUGGCCCUGUAAAAUGCUUUGACAGUUCACAUUUAUAUGUGAUCAUGCUACCCAGGUUGAUAUUUUUAGAACCAGAGAGAUAAGUCAACAAGGAAGUUUAUCUCAUUCAGCCAGUCCUUUCUGGUGUCUAACAGACCUCAAAGCCAGACCUUUAACCUACAUGACAAAAGUUCUUCUUUGAUCUUUUUUUUAUUAAAACUGGAAAUUAUUUGCUAUUUCACAUUCAUAAUUGGUCCAUCCAAAACUUAAGAGUCUGCUUAUUAUAACAUUUUGGCCUUUUCUUCACAAAAUGUGUUACACCACACACUUGCACACACACACACAGAUACACUCGCACACUCCUUCCAAAAUUUACAUUUCUUUUUAGGCAUCUGUUUUUGACUAAAGCUAUUAUUAAUUCUCCAAAAGGCAGUAAUACUUGGCUCCCCUUUUCAAGGACAGCUUCCCCCAGUCACACUUCCUGUUGAGGCUGCUGCAUCUCUGACCAUGCUGCCCACUGGGUGCCGUCAUCCACAGGUCAGACGGGGGCUGCAAGUUACAUGUGCAUCAAGCUGCUCU